AUGCCGCUGUUAUCGCCGCCGCCACCGCCGGCUCCCAGGGACGGAAGCUCGCGACGGCUGAGUCGGAUCCGAAGGAGACGAUCCAGGAGGAGGAACUGGGCGGCUCUGCCGCUGGACGCGCUGCUGCACGUCUUCCACAAGCUGGACCAUGUCGACCUCAUGUUCGGCGGCGCGUCGAGGGCGUGCCGGUCCUGGCGCAGCGCCGCGCGCGAGCCCGAGCUGUGGCGCCGCAUCGACUUGCGCGGACACUCCCUGCUCUUCCGCGAGACUAUCAGCCUCAACAGGAUGGCGCGGUUUGCCAUCUGGUUCAGCUCUGGGCAGUGCAUGGAGUUCAUGGGCGAUGAUGACUACGUCGAUGAGGACCUCAUCCUUUUCCUAGGCAAUCAGUAA